UGUGGGCCAAACGGGGCGGAACGGAAGCCUCGUUGGGUCAGACGGUGGCGACGCGGGAAGUCCGGACGCUGUAGCGGCCUGAAGAGGAGGCCGGCUCCGGCCGUGGCAAUGGCGGAGAGGCCCGAGGACCUAAACCUGCCCAAUGCCGUCAUCACCAGAAUCAUAAAGGAGGCGCUCCCGGAAGGUGUCAACAUCUCCAAGGAGGCCCGGAGCGCCAUCUCCCGCGCCGCCAGCGUCUUCGUGUUGUACGCCACAUCCUGUGCCAACAACUUCGCGAUGAAAGGGAAACGCAAGACGCUGAAUGCCAGCGAUGUUCUCUCAGCCAUGGAGGAGAUGGAGUUUCAGCGGUUCGUUACUCCCUUAAAAGAAGCUCUGGAAGCUUAUAGAAGGGAGCAGAAAGGUAAGAAGGAAGCUUCAGAGCAAAAGAAGAAGGACAAAGACAAAAAAACAGAUUCAGAAGAGCAAGACAAGAGCAGGGAUGAGGACAACGACGAAGAUGAGGAAAGGCUGGAGGAAGAAGAACAGAAUGAAGAGGAGGACGUGGACAACUGAAGAGGAUGGGGAGACUGGCGCCUUGGAAGGUACAGCUCUGAAACGUUUGUGUGCAGCUUUUUCCUGCUGGACAGAGUAGUCUUGGGCAGAAGAGCCUGAGAAGAUGGAAGUAAAAACUGAUUAAAAUUAUCAUCAAAACCAGCGUGUCCCAGAUUCAGAGCAUCUGAGUAGCAGAAUCUUGUUUUGCUUCAUGAGCCUGAAGGUUGUGACUUUUUGGCAGGAGGGAUUAUGAACAGCCAAUUGGUCAUUGGGAGCGUUCUUGUUUACUUACGUACAUAGUUAGGCAGUUGUUGAUCCCCAGGUCCCACCCAUUCACCCACGGCUCAAAAAAGUAACAAAGCUUCCAUGCCACCUACUGCGUUCCAAAUCACAGAGGCACUCAAGGCUCAGGAAAACCUGGGGCUUUGCUUAUAGACAGCCUAUUUGUACAGUAUUUGGCAAUACUAGCUUCUUACAAGUGAUCAGAAUGGCUUAGCUUUAGGAAACCACUAAAGGGUGUAGAACAGUGAAAUCUGUUCUUUUGUCUCUUCACUUGACAGUAACAUUAACUGAAUUUUGGUUUUUACAGACCCACUUGGCUUAGAGCCCUUCUCUGUUGCCAGUAGGCAUGUAACCCACUUGGGUGGCUACCUUCUGGGCACCAAAUGCAUUUACAUCAGCAGUGUAGAGUAGAAUUAGUCAAGCAAGAUUGCCAAUGUGUCUUACAACAGAUGGUGUAGUCUUGAAUGCACCUCACUGCCUGCCAUUGUACAGCUUUAGGGUAUGUGGUCACCUCCUGGAAGGUAUAAAACUCCAGGCUUUCUCUUGUAGUCCUGCUCCCGGAUUUGUGGUAUGGCUUUUCAUUCUUCUAAUUCCUGAUGAAUUCCAAACUUUCUUCUUCUAGGUACAACGUUCUUGCUCUGUGCUUCUCUCCUGUCUCUGUUCUGCCUCUACUCUGCUCCCCAUUCCCACUUUCUGUGUCCCUCCUUUUUUCACUUCUGCCAGGAAUUUUGAUGACCUGCUUAAUAUCUCAAACUAUGGGUUCCUCUGAUUCCCUAGUUCUAAUCUCAUGUCUUUUAAAAAUGAUUUUGUAGACCUCUCUGAACGUUAAGGGAAAUCCGAUGGUGCUCAGGAAUCCAAUUCCUCCCCCAAGCCAUCCCUUCUAAAGUAUCUCUGUUAACCUUAUUUUCUUUCCAUUUGGUGCUUCAAGCACUUUUUGUCUCUAAGUUGAGUGCUUGGAGGUUGACAGGUAGUGAAAUAUAGUUUGAUGCUGUUCAUUUGUUAAACGAAUCCAGUGAAAAGUUUGUCAAGAAAUGAGUGAAGGAUAUUGAGAAAAUUAUAAUGCUUUGUAUAAAUAAAAAACAGUCUUAUAAAAAGUGA